GACUCGACUCGGUUCUGCUCGACUCGGCUCGGCUCGGCUCGGCUCGGCUCGGCUCGGCUCGGCUCGGCUCCGGCCAGCCCGCGCAGCAGCGGCUCAGACAGCUGUGCCCAGCCCCAGGGAUGGAGUCCCUCCCUGAAGCAGUCCUGAUCCAAAUCCUGGCUUCCAUCCCUGCGGUGGAGCUGGUGCUGGUGUGCCGCCUGGUCUGCUGCCAGUGGAAGAACCUGGUUGAUGGAGCUGCACUUUGGAUCCUGAAGUGUCAGCAGGAAGGCCUCACCAGAGCAGAGGCAGAUGUAGAGAACUGGCAAAGCUUCUACUUCCUGAGUAAGAAAAGGAGGAAUCUCAUCAAGAACCCAUGUGGUGAAGAAGGCUUGGAGCACUGGGGAGAGGUAGAGAAUGGAGGUGAUGGCUGGAAAAUUGAAGAGCUCCCAGGGGACUUUGGAAAAGAAUUUCCUAGUGAAGAAGUCCAUAAAUACUUUGUCACAUCUUAUGAGUGGUGUCGAAAGGCUCAGGUCAUUGACCUUAGGGCUGAGGGCUACUGGGAAGAGCUGAUGGAUACAACCCAGCCUAAAAUCAUGGUAAGAGACUGGUAUGCAGGACGUAGUGAUGCUGGCUGUCUCUAUGAGCUGUGUGUGAAGCUGCUCUCUGAGAACGAGGAUGUGCUGGCUGAGUACAAGAGUGAGACUGUCACCAUCCCACAGGGAAAUGAUGCCAGCUGGACUGAGAUCUCUCACACCUUCUCCAGCUACGGGCCCGGGGUGCGCUUUGUGCGCUUUGAGCACGGCGGCCAGGACACGCUCUUCUGGCAGGGCUGGUACGGCGCCCGCGUCACCAGCAGCAGCGUGACAGUGGAGCCCUAGCUCUGCUCAGCCAGCACCUGCAUGCUGCAGUUGACUUCCCUCAGGGCAUCCCGCAGCCUUUGGAUGGUUUCUGCAUGGUGCUGCUGCUGGCUGUAGAGCAUUUGGCCUUUCUGCAUAGGAACGUGUGUGCGAGAUGCCAGGAGCCACCACCCAUCCUGCCUCAGGAGACUAUGCAAAGAAUGGGAAUGAAUUUGGGAAUGCACUGCACCACUUGCACUGAUGUCCUCUGUCAGACAGGAGAUCACCUAAAAAUCCUGCAGAGCUCCUGUCUUAGUCUCUAAUGCCUAGCACCCAGCCUGAGGCAGCUGUCUCCCCUGCCUGCUCUCCUGACUUGGGCACUCCUUAACUUGAAGGGAUACUUAAAGUAUAUUUUCUGGAAGUUAGAGUGGAAAGAAAAGAAUAAAGAAAACCACAGACCCUGCAUCUCAAAACAUACCAGGGAAACCCAGAGUCCUGUCCCCAACUGUUUCCAUGACCUGCAGUGAGAACCUUGGCUUCUUCCAUUUAUAAAAAGAUAACAUUGUUUACCACAGAGGAGCUCUAGCUUGGCUGUCAAUACUAUUAGUUUAAUUUUUAGUGAUAAUGCAGAGCAAAAGAGAGCAAGAGAGGUUGAAUCCUUUUCUCUUAUACUGUUCCCAGCAUCCAUUUAUCAAGGGAAGUGUUGGGAAGAAAAACAUGUCUGGUGUCCAGCCCUGGGGCUUCAUUUGGCUCCUUCAGAGAGAUGGCAUCUGGGAGUAAUUGCUGGCAGAGAGAGAGAGAUGACAACAACUUAGAGAACUGGGUUAGGAAAAAUUUGGGAUAGGGUCCAGAAACAAAUGAAAACAAACUCAUUUACCCCUUCCUGGCCUCUGCAUGCUUCAGGCAACAAGCAUCCUGUUCAUCCAGUGUGACUCUGCUGGCAGGACACAGAAAGCUGCUGGCCUUGCUCCACCUCUGCUGACCAUGUGUGCAAGAAGUACACAUCUGCCUCUGCCGUGUGCUUGCUGACAAGACAGCAUUUCAGUCUCCCACUUGAGCUUCUUGACAUCCCUCAGGGCUGUGUGUCCCAUCCUGAACAGGCCCCUAAGCUCUCCUGAACCAAGACUGUCCCUGCUAGUGUCGCUAGAGGACACGAAAUAAAACAACGCGCACGCUGGAAUCUCCAAGGUUAAAAGAAAGGUGUUUAAUUUCUGACUCCAGCAUUUAUAGACUUCCAGAAGUGACAGUGGAUUGAAGGAUGACAGUGCCACCUCUCCAAUGACACUGGACAAAUCAACAGUCCAUCAAAUUUUUCCUUCUCCAGAAGAGAAUGCAAAACAAUAAUUAUUUGGAGAAAAGCGUGUGAGAAAGUUCCUUACAAGAAUGUAAACAUCAGAAAGCUUAGAAGAACUUAGAAGAACAGAGCGACACUGCUAGUUAUUCCACUCAGAGGAGCAUCCCCUAACAGAGCUGGUGUUGCCUAAAGAAAGUCUAUUUUGGUGUCCAUGUGUCUGCCUUCCCUCCCUGGGCUGCCAUUUAAGUGCCCCUUUGCACAUGUAGUGCCUGCUACUGCCUGCAGCCAAAGGAAGGAGCUCCCACCUGGACACUGUGCAUGCUGCUUCCUCAGGCUUUCUGCACAGCUGCACCUGGGUGCCACACACACGCCACAGUCCAGGCAAACAU